AUGGUCUGGUCCUCUUCCCCAACGCUGCGCCUCGGGGCGCUCGUCGCGGCCGCUGCAAUGCUCUACGGCGCCCAAUCGGCGAAAGUGCUGCCCUCAGGCAUCUGCUACGCGCCGUGGCACCACCCGAGCGUGACGUUUGACGUGAUCGUCAAAGACUUUAGCCACACGGGCCAAUUCUUCGCCAGCGUCCGAACGUUCCAAGCGCUCUUCAGCAGUGUGAACGUCGUUGACGCAGCGGCCGCUGCGGGCAUUAAAGUGGCGGUCGGCGUCCAGAUGACCGAUCCGGCGCUGAUUGACGCCGAGAUCAAAGCCGUGUGCGACGGCUUCAAGGCCCACCCGAGUGCGGUCGAAGCCGUGUACGUCGGCAACGAGAACCUCAAGAACGCGGGCUUUGGCACGUUCUCGGCCGACGAGCUCGUGGGCUAUAUCAAGCGCGUCAAAGCGUGCGUGGGCGACACGCCCGUGGGGUCUGUCCAGCGCAUCAACGAGUGGCUGUCGUCGGACGGCGCGGCGGCGCUCUCGUCCGCGUGCGACGUCAUUGGGACGAACAUCUAUCCGUUCUUCACGAACGGUCCGCAGAGCGCCGUGGAGAAGCUGCAGCUCCAGUGGGAGCAAAUGACGGCCAAGUACGACGCCAAGAAGGUGCACGUGACCGAGACGGGGUGGCCGUCCGACGGCGAAAAGUACGGCGAGAACACGCCGUCGAAAGACGGCAUGCAGACGUACUUUGACGACUACGUCAAGUGGGCGCAGACUGUGCCGCAGAGCUACUGGUUCAUGAUGUACGACACGACCGUGAGCUACACGGGCGCCGAGUACGAGAAGCACUUUGGCGCGUUCACGCCGGACGGGACGCAGAAGCUCACGGUCGCGGCCAGCGGGGGUUCGGCCGUGCAGCAGGAAGCGCCGAAGAACGCGACGGACUCGCCGCGGUCGGUGGAUCCGUCGGAGGACCCGUCGGAGGACCCGUCGCAGGACUCGCAGGACUUGGACGCGGCGAAGGGAUCGCAUGCGACCGAGCCGCCGCAAGCUCCAGGCGUCGUCAAACCGCCUCAGCAGCCCGUGUUGACUGACGCGCCUCCCCCUCCCCCAGCAGUGGAGCCGCCUCAGCCACCUCCGGCCCCGCCGUCGACCGAGGAGAAGCCACCGCAGGCGCCACCAGUAAUUGAAUCGCCACAGCCACCUGUGGUGACGGAACCGGUGUUACCCCUGCCGCCCACAGAGACACCUCCAGCAUUGCUUUCGAAGGAGGAGAAGCCACUUGAGGCGCCCACGGAAGUUCCACCGCCGUCAGCUACGGAGGAAGACCCAUCGUCGUCGUCCACAUCGCAGGAAGAGCCACUGCCCGUGUCUUCGAUCGAGUUCCCUCAGCCGUCGCCAUCGACACCGCCGACUGAGGAAACGCCAUUGACCGACCUGCUUAAAGAGCCCCUGGCGGGUUACACGGACGACUCGUCUCCGCCAGCAGCUGAGGACUUUAAAGAGCUCGAUGCCGCAGUGGCCAAAUGUAAGGUCAAAGGUCUUCGUGCGUGA